AUGGCUGUCGGAAAGAACAAGAAGCUCUCCAAGGGCCGUGGCAACAAGAAGCGCGCCGUCGACCCCUUCACCCGCAAGGACUGGUACGAUGUCAAGGCCCCCAUCUUCUUCGAGAACAGGAACGUUGGCAAGACCCUUGUCAACCGCUCCCAGGGUCUGAAGAACGCCAACGACUCGCUCAAGGGCCGUAUCGUUGAGGCUUCGCUCGCCGACCUCAACAAGGACGAUGAGCAGUCGUACCGCAAGUUCCAGCUGCGCGUUGACGAGGUCCAGGGCCGCACCUGCCUCACCAACUUCCACGGCAUGGACUUCACCUCGGACAAGAUCCGCUCGCUCGUCCGCAAGUGGCAGACGCUGAUCGAGGCCCACGUCGACGUCAAGACGACCGACGGCUACCUCCUCCGCAUCUUCUGCAUCGCCUUCACCCGCCGCCGCGCCAACCAGGUCAAGAAGACGACCUACGCGCAGUCGUCGCAGGUCCGCGCCAUCCGCAAGAAGAUGUUCGAGAUCAUCCAGCGCGAGGCGUCGUCGUGCGACAUCCGCGAGCUCGUCGCCAAGCUCAUCCCCGAGGUGAUGGGACGCGAGAUUGAGAAGGCCACGCAAGGCAUCUACCCGCUCAAGGACGUCCACAUCCGACGAUGCAAGGUCCUCAAGAAGCCCAAGUUCGAGCUCGGCAAGCUCAUCGAGCUCCACGGUGGCGCCAACAACGCCGGCACCGAGGACGCCGGCGUCAAGGCCAAGUCGUCCGAGUUCAAGGAGCCCGCUCCCCUCACGGCCGUCUAA